AUGUCCCAAAAUCGUGUGAAGGGUUCCCCAAGCUAUCAAGGAGCUCAUCGGCAUUUUGGAGGUACAUUAGAGUUGCAAAAUCUGUUGAAGUCCCAGGAUCUGUGGAGGAUUGUGAGAGAUGGCACGAAAGUCGACAUCGAUGACGCUGUGCACACCAGCCCUAGGUUCAACAUCGGACCAGCUGAUCCUGCCACAUCACACACUAGCACCGUCGGCCUGUACGCUGCUACAAGAGCAAGGGGCAUUACACAAUUUACAGUAAUGUUCCGUCAAGACAGGCACAACCUUGGUGACGCUAGCCACCAUUCGGAACCGAAACAUCACUGGGGACGUGUGACAAAACUCUCGCUGAGGAUUGCUGGCCUAAUGCACGUACAUGCAUCGCAAAAUGGUGUUCUUCGCAACUGGUGGCCUUCCCCUUCAUCCUCCACUGGCUCGAUUCCUCCGAUCCCAACUGUUGCACUGUUAGGUGUAAAUAGCUAG